AUGGUUUCUGUUUCCGGAUCAAUACACCACGAAUUGGCAAAAAGCGUUAUUUUUACAACGUUGAAAAGUCCCAAAAGUUGUCAAUUUGGUCAUAUGGCACGUCGUUAUUCGACAGAAAUUGGGUCUCCUGUUGGACAAAAGGUCACGCAAACUGAACAGCGAAGAAUAUGGGGAAAAUGGCAGUUAUUGUCAGCCGGUGGAUUAAUAAGCACAGGAUUAGCAAUUUGGUGGAUAAUGAACUCGAAAAGCGUUCACAAUGACACAGAUCCAGCUCCAAAGCCCACUUCUGUGAAUAUUGACCCAUUAAUUGAUCCCCUUCCAAAAGUGAUAACAGAUCCACUAACUGCGACAUUCCAAUUACUUGGAUAUGGUAUUCGAAUGGUGACAUUUUUAGGCAUGAAAGUUUAUGCUUUGGGUGUGUACAUCGCCAAGGAUGAUCUUACAAAGGUCCAUGAAGUUUUUAACUCACGCUUUUUAGAGACUUUGUACGAGAAAGAUAAAGAUACAAAAGUGGCUAUGACACAGAAGCAGGCCCUUGAAAAGGCUCUUGAAGACGAUAAACUAUCAGUUGUACUUAUUGAUAACCUUCUCAAUGCAGGUGUUAGGAUGACAGCAAGAAUUUGUGCUCUCAGAAACACAGAUUUGAGUCACUUGCGUGAUGGAUUUGUGCGCACGAUCAAAAAUAGCCAAUAUUACAAGGAUAUCAUGAAAGAAGGUGGAGAACGUGCGGAAAAGCUUACACAAGGCUUAGAUGAGCUACGUAGGGUCAUGAACAGUCAUCAUAUGAAGGCCUAUCGGAACUCAAGAGUGUUUGUAGAGAUCAUUGAAGGUGGAAAGAUGAGAAUUACCGUUAAGGUUUGGGACCAGAAUCAAUUCUGGGAUCCUGUUCAUAUGGGUGUCGUUCAGGAGCCCUUGGUUUCGAGACUAUUGUUCUUGUGUUAUUUAAGUGGUCCUAAUCCUUUGGUUCCAGCUGUUCGUAAAACUGCUGCUGAGAGUUUGGCCAGUCUUUUUUAA